AUGAUGGACACAGAAGAAAGUGAGCGGAUGUCCGUCCUGCUGUCACAGUUGCUCGAGAAAGACAUUGGCACUAAGGAGGAGGUUGAAAUCAGAAGGAAGACUUUGCUCUUCAAGGAAAAAUAUGAUAACGCAAACAAUAAGAAUAAUUCGAUAUUUAAUACAGGUAGCUCCGCUGAAGGGUUUUCUUUGCGUGGAUCAGAUAAUGAUGCGAUGAUUGUAGACAAAAGUAUUCUUAUCUUAAAUUCGGAACAGCCCAUCCCGCCAAACAGUGAAUACGAUAUGAUACUGGCAAUGAAAGAGGCGGACAACUGUCAACGUGGUUAUGUAAAUCUGGAGAUCGUUCUUUGGCAGAGAUGUAGGCAGCCACUGUAUAAAUCUUUCCAUCGCGUAGGAAAGAAAACAUUGAUAUCUAGUGAGACUUAUAGAGAGGAACACAUAAAACAAUCACAAAAUCUAGGUUUCAAUGUAGCAACUCAUGGCCCAAGCAGCGGUGCUGAGGCCACUCUUAGAAGUGCUGCCUUUGACGUGGUACACGCUUUUCAUUGCCCUGAUUGGCCAAAGGAAGCAACUGAAUGGAAAACUAGGAUGCGUCUGUAUGGAUGGCCUUCAAAAACGACAUUUGACAAAAUUAUCAAAGGCGGCUGUCAUAUCGUCCCAGUAGGGGAUAAGUCUUCUGGAAAUACACUACUUCAGUGGCGAAUAUCAUUCGCCUAUGCAGAAAGGCUUUUAGUGCAUUCUCUUAAUCACACACAGUUUAAGGUGUAUGGUCUACUCAAAAUUCUGUUGAAAAACAUGAAAGAGAGUUUGGAGAAUGUCUUCAAAGAUGAAGAUGUUUUGAGUUCAUAUAUUUUGAAAACCAUCGUUUUCCAUGCAGUCGAAAAUACACCGGAAGCAUUUUGGAAUGAAAAGAACCAUUUUAUUUGCUUUUGGUUUUGCUUCAAUAUUCUUUGUUCUUGGGUGAAAGCAGGAUAUUGUCCCCAGUACUUUAUACCACAGAAUAAUCUGUUUAAAAGACACAUCCACGGACAGAACAAACAAAUCCUUCUUCACAUUCUCAAUGAAAUUCAUCAAAUGAAGUGGAUGUGUUUGUCGAUUGGGACAUAUGUGCGACCGUCAAUUAUGGAUAUACUUUUAGAUAAAGGCUACCAAUCAGAGCUCAUGCAGCAACAGACAGCAAUCCAGUCAGAGGCAGUAAAUGACUUACAGAUCCUUACUAGUGUCGUCACAAAGCUAUCAUUAAUGCCGGUUCCUUGUACCAAGCAAAUUUGCCAUACAUUGAAUGCGCUCCUGUCUUUAACUAAAUCAGAAAUAGAUGAACUCCUUGCCUGUUACAGCGCGACAAAAAUACUAUCAUUGUGUGGCAUGAGAGAUUACCAAACUCCAACGCAGUCAGCAUGCAACAAAUCUAGGUACAGACAUAUGAAAAGAUGUAAAAACUUGUUAAUGCCCAGAGCAGCAUGGUGUUCAGAAAUUCUUUACGUGGCAACAUUAUGUUACCUGACCGGAAACGUUCGAUCAACAUUAGAAAUAUGUGGGAAAAUAACUUCUACAUUUCAAUAUUAUCCAGGAUGUUCCCAGGAUGUGUUCAGGAAACAGUAUGAAAUGUACAUGCGUGACUACUGUGGACAUGGAUCGACCUUACUUAAUAAACUACAGCGAGUGUUUUCCUCGAGUAUAUAUUUUCUAAAACAAUGCCCUGCAUUUUGUCUUCCCCAUCUCCAGCCCGAAUUUGACGAAUUGCCAUUACAUGGAUAUAUUCGCAUACCUCCCCUGCCAUAUGCAUCUUUUCUUACAUUCAUUUGCUAUCAUGAUCUUGGUGACACCAGGGGGCGCGAUAACGCCCUUCGCCAUCUAAUUGCUGUAAAAUACGAUGACGAUCAAGGUGGUCAUCUACACUGGAUAGUACACACUCUCUUGGGUAUCUGCUACCAAACUCUAGGAGAUACUAGUAGGGCGAUCAGGGCUUAUGAGGAGUCUCUGAUGGUAGAAACUCUGUGGAACCCAGCUUUGGACAGACUUGAACGUCUAUGA